UCUCUUUUUACCAUCUCUUUUACCGCCGCUGCCCACUAUAGCUCGCACCUCCACCGCCAAACUCAGCCAUCGUUUCCCUCGUGAGUCGUGACGGAGCUGCACGCCAUCGCCGCCGCUGUGGUUCGUAACCGGAAUGAACACCCUCACGUAGACCUCUUCCCUGUAGAAUCAUCGUGUAUAUCUUCAACAUCUCCGCCGCCGAAGUUCGUAACCAAUGUUCUAUGCAUUCUCUUCUCAAACUUCUCCCAACCUGCAAACUCAAACCGUCGCAUCAUCAUCGAUGGCUUCACCAUUCUCUUCCAACUGCUUCACCUUCUCUCCAAUCGACAACAUCACGUGACUUCCACAACAACCAAAACGUUCCCGACAUUGAAGCUUUCUUCCAUUCCUGCACCAACAUUGAAGCCGCUAAGCAGCUUCACGCUCGUCUUGUAGUACUGGGUCAAGCUCAAAAUGUCAUUCACUCUACCAAGCUUAUCAAUCUAUAUGCAGCACUUGGGUAUGUCUCAUUGUCUCGCUGCACCUUUAACCAUACUCAGAAGAAGAAUAUUUAUUCAUGGAACUCGAUCAUAGCUGCUUCUACUCGAUGUGGACGAUACCAUGAAGCCAUGAAUUAUGUCAAUGAGCUUUUGUCAAUGUCUUGUUUAAGGCCUGAUUUCUACACUUUUCCACCUGUUUUGAAAGCUUGUGUGUGUUUACCUGAUGGGAAGAAGAUACAUUGCUGGGUUUUCAAGAUGGGUUUUGAGCAUGAUGUCUUUGUUGCUGCUUCAUUGAUUCAUUUUUAUUCGCGUUUCGGUGAUACGGAUGUUGCCCACCAGCUGUUUGUUGAUAUGCCGGUUCGAGAUGUGGGUUCGUGGAAUGCGAUGAUUUCGGGGUUUUGUCAGAAUGGGAAUGCGGCCGGUGCGUUGCGUGUGUUGAAUAGUAUGAAAGAUGAGGGAGUGAAGAUGGAUACGAUCACAGUGACAAGUGUGCUUCCCAUUUGUGCACAAUCGGAGGAUAUUAUUAGUGGGCUGUUGAUUCAUUUGUAUGUUAUAAAGCAUGGGCUGGAAAGAGAUGUGUUUGUUUCUAAUGCUUUGAUCAAUAUGUAUUCAAAGUUUGGCAGGUUGCAGGAUGCGCAAAGGGUUUUUGAUCACAUGAGUGUGAGGGAUCUGGUAUCUUGGAAUUCUAUAGUUGCUGCAUAUGAGCAAAAUAAUGAUCCAACUACUGCACUCGGAUUCUUUAAAGAGAUGCAACUUGUUGGAAUACGGCCUGACUUGGUGACGGUUGUGAGUUUGGCCUCGAUUUUUGGUCAAUUAAGUGAUCAAAGGGUGAGCAGAUCUCUUCAUGGAUUUGUUGUGAGACGUGGAUGGCUUGAGGAGGAUGUUCAGAUUGGCAAUGCACUUGUGAAUAUGUAUGCGAAAUUGGGUGCCAUGAAUUUCGCACGAACAGUUUUUGAACAGCUUCCCAUCAAAGAUGUAAUUUCAUGGAACACGCUGAUCUCAGGUUAUGGUCAAAAUGGUCUUGCAAGUGAGGCAAUUGAUGCUUACAACAUGAUGGAAGAGAGUACAAAGAUAAUCCCAAACCAUGGAACUUGGGUGAGCAUUCUCCCGGCAUAUUCCACCGUUGGAGCUUUGCCACAAGGGAUGAAAAUUCAUGGGAGGCUAAUCAAGAAUUCUCACUCCCUGGAUGUAUUUGUGGCUACCUGCCUGAUUGACAUGUAUGGAAAAUGUGGUAGGUUAGAUGAUGCAAUGUCCUUAUUCAAUGAAAUUCCACGGGAAACUUCAGUUACUUGGAAUACCAUGAUAUCUUCUCUUGGUAUUCAUGGGCGUGGAGAAGAAGCUAUGCGGCUAUUCAAGAAUAUGCGAGCUGAAGGGGUAAAGGCAGAUCAUAUUACCUUUGUAUCUUUGUUGUCAGCCUGUAGCCAUUCAGGUUUAGUUGAUGAAGGCCAACACUGCUUUGAUAUUAUGCAGAAAGAGUAUGGGGUCAUGCCUACUUUGAAGCAUUAUGGCUGCAUAGUGGAUAUACUUGGCAGAGCUGGGUAUUUGGAGAAGGCAUAUAAUUUAGUGAGCAAUAUGCCUCUACAGGCUGAUGCAUCCAUCUGGGGUGCUCUUCUUGCUGCUUGUAGAAUACAUGGAAAUGCAGAAUUGGGUGCCAUUGCUUCAGAUCGCUUGUUGGAAGUUGAUUCUGAGAAUGUUGGCUACUAUGUUUUGUUAUCAAAUAUAUAUGCAAAUGUUGGAAAAUGGGAAGGAGUAGUUAAAGUGAGAUCAUUGGCCCGAAAUCGAGGACUGAGGAAGACUCCUGGAUGGAGUUCUGUUGUUGUUGGCAGUUUAGUUGAAGUCUUUUAUACUGGGAACCAAACACAUCCACAGUGGAUAGAGAUAUACGAGGAGUUAAGGGUUUUGAAUGCCAAAAUGAAGAGUCUUGGUUAUAUUCCAGACUUCAGUUUUGUCUUACAAGAUGUUGAGGAGGAUGAAAAAGAGCAGAUUUUGACAAGUCACAGUGAGAGAUUGGCCAUUGCAUAUGGAAUUAUCAGCACCCCACCAAAAACUCCCAUAAGAAUAUUUAAAAACUUGCGUGUCUGUGGUGAUUGUCAUAAUGCAACUAAGUACAUAUCUAGAAUUACUGAGAGGGAUAUUGUUGUGAGGGAUUCAUAUCGUUUCCAUCAUUUUAAAGAUGGGAUUUGCUCAUGUGGUGAUUACUGGUGACAGUCACUUAAUUAUGAAAACUUGAAAAGUUUUCCCUAGCCCAACACAGAAGGUGUAUUCUUAUCCUAGCAAGUUUCUAAUUAGUUUAAAAGAAAUGUUGGACACAGCUUUUUUACAAGUAGUUUGUUGGUGAUCAACACAGAAAUAUAUCCUGAGAAGGAAGUAUAUGAUAAUGGCAUUGUUUACUUUUUCAGGGAUUUGAUGAAUGAGGUUAUCUUUGACAUAAUCACUGAUGUCUUGCAAAGUCAGGACAAGAAGCUUGUGCUUCCUAGAACAGAUAUCCCCAUUCUCUUUUUUAAUCAGGACCCUUUUCUUCUACGGUCCUAUGAUGUUCGGCAGGAAGGAAUUACACUUCUUGGACUGUUGGAUUAUAAUUGCGAGCAAACAAAAAACAAACUAGUUUCAACAGCAAUGAAUGGCAGGGAC